AUGGCCAGCCCGGAGGACUUUGCCCAGGAAAUUUUCGUCGGAAAGGUUCCGAUUCCGCCACUAUCUUCUCUGCUGGACGUGAGGGUCCCCUUCGUGGAGCUGGAGUCUGAUCGGCUUCAUGCUUCGGUGUCGUGGCUCUACGGGGCAGUGCAGGCUCUGCAACAGCAGGGCCUCAAGCUGAACUCUGAGCUGCAACAGCUGCAGCUCCAGGCAUCUCCAUCUCCUGCAGCGGACGCAGAGGAUGUCAUGCUCAGAGCCGAUGAGCAUCGACGUGGUGCGGAACAAGCACAACUGGAACUGCGUUUUCAAGCGCUUGCUGCAGCUGUGGAGAGUCGACUGCAGCACAGUGAUCUGGAGGCCUGGGACGCAAAGGUCACGCAGAGACUGGACGAGAUUUCCCAGCAGUCCAACAAGGAGAUCUCUUCUCUGGCGAGGCUAUUGGAGAGCAACCUGUCGGCAGACCGCCGGCAGCUGCAGGAGCUCUUCGAGGCUCUACGCUGCAAGGUCGAAGCGCACCUCGGGGUGAUGAUGGCGGAGUCUGGGGUCCAGAACGACACGGUGCAGGCUGCAGUGGCGGCUGCUGAGGCAGCUGCACGGCGCGCUCAGCACCGGGAGAGACCCCAGCUGGCUCCACUUUCCGCGCCGCAAGAGCUUCCCGCGCCCGAAGAGACGACGCCUAAUCCGGAGAGAAGGCAUUCUGGCCUGGUCGACAUGCACUUGGCGCUGCAGUCGCGGCUGGAGCAGCUUGAGCGCAGCGUUCAACAGCUCUCCCGGCAGUCACAGGAUGAUGCAGUUCUGCACAAGCCGAUCAUGCCACCCACUCCUGCGCCUGCGGAUGCAGGGGCCAGCAGUAACGACGCCAUCUGGCAGCGGUUCACCGACGUGGAUCAGGCCCACAUCAUGACUGUCCAAAGGAUCUCGGAGCUCGAAACCCGCCUGGCCCGCAUGGAUGGCCGUAAAGGGCACCGAGAUGGGAAUGCCAAAGCAACACAGGCAAGCGACUGGGAGGCACCCGUCUCUGAACUUCAGUCCAGCCAUGCUUCCCUGGCAGAGGAACUGGCGAGCCACGUGCUGCCACAAGUCUCCACAUUGCGCUCUACCCUCACUCAAAUUACGAAGUACAUUUCCGGCGAAGCGCCAGAGGAGGACCUCCCCGUCCAAUCUGUGAAUGCGUUGGACUGGCUGCAGAAGCGUGUUGGCGAUCUGGCCAAGAGCAAAGGACUCACCUUGGAGGCCCGCCUUCAGUUGCUGGAACAAGCCACCGGCAGCACCGAGAUCUUCCAGAAAGUCCAAAACUUGGAGCAAAUCCUGGGCAAGCUCGAUGUCGAUGCUGUAAAUGAGGUACCUCCCCAGCUUAUCAUUGUCAAAGAAGAUCAGGAAGUGUUCAAGCAAGACUUGCGGCGUGAGGUGCAGGAGCUGAAGGUGCUAGUCGGCUGCAUGGAGGCAUGCGUGCCAAAGGAGACACGGAAAGCGAUCCAGCUUUUCAAGCGGGGAGCUGGCGUUUCAGAUGAGGAGUUCAUCACCGCUGGCGGCCUCAAACUCCAUGCUGACGUGGAGUCCCUUCGGGAGGAGUUGCAGACGCGGCUGGCGGACUUGGAGACCAACACUGCCCAGCAGCAUGACAACUUGAACUCCAUGGUACAGGAAUUGGAGACGAAACAGGACAAGCUUCACAGCGUCUUCAGGAAGCGCUUUGCAAGCGAGGAGGUCCCCACAAGCGGUGAUGCCUUCGUCGUGCCCCAGGGUUGGACGCAUCCGUCGCAGAGCAAGGGAUAA